AAUGCAGGGUGCGCUUUGGCGACAUAUUUUCUGCCUGUCAUCUAUAGCAAACUAGUUCGUUUAUUUAAACUAUGCAAAAAAACCUCAAACAAGUUUCUUCGGUAAAUAGUGAUUAACAUUUUUCGCCCAGCCUGUCUGGUGCACAACUCUCUAAAACGACAUCGAUUAUUCGAAUCAUCGAGGUAAAUCAAUGCACCGUGUGCAUUGAUCUGUCAUCAUAAAGUGCAUACAUCCAUCGAAUCAUUUAUUCUCACAUUGUAUAGAGGAAAAAAAUGUGUACAUCCAUACCAAAUCAUCAGGUGAAUAGGCUGGAGGGUGAAACAAUGAUGGAAACAUCAAAGAAAUUAUUCUGCACUCUGCUACGUUGCAUUGUGGUACAAUUACAUUAUGUAUUUGACUGCGUUAUUGAUUUUGUGUUUGGACUUUACUAUAAUGGAAAGGAGGAAAAAGUUCCCCCAAUUAAAAAUCCAAUACUGCUGGAGAGUGCUAUAACAUUGGCCGAGAAAAUCAGGAAUAAGAGAGUAUCUUGUCAAACAGUCGUUAAUGCAUUCAUAGAGAGAUGCAAGGAGGUGAAUUGUUUGAUGAAUGUCAUUGUGGAUGAGAGGUACGGGGAAGCGAUAAAGGAGGCGAGAAAAGUCGAUGAAUUACUGGCGUGUGAUAUUGACAUUGACAUACUCAAAAUAACAAAGCCACUGUUGGGAGUACCGUUCACUACUAAAGAGAGUAAUGAAGCGAAAGGUCUUCUUCAUUCAAUGGGAAUGGUGGCAAGAAAAGGCCACAGAUCCACCCAAGACGCAACGGUAAUCGCCAACGUCAAAGAAUCCGGCGCCAUUCUCAUUGCGAAAACGAAUAUACCAGAGAUGAAUCUCUGGGUCGAAUCGAGGAACAUGGUUUACGGACAAACGAACAAUCCCUACAACACGACAAGAGCAGUUGGGGGUAGUAGUGGUGGAGAUGCUGCGGUGACAGCAGCAUGUGGAGUGCCAUUUUCAGUCGGAAGUGACAUUGGUGGAUCGAUAAGAAUGCCAGCAUUUUUCAACGGAGUGUUUGGACUCAAACCGAGUGAAGGAACAACACCGCUCAAAGGAAUUGGACUCAGAACCGUUGACUUUGGCAAUUCAAUGGCCGAGACUGGGCCGAUCUGCAAACGUGCCGACGAUCUCCUGCCUCUACUAAAAAUCAUGAUAAUGGAUAAAGAUCUUAAAGAGAAGCUAGACACACCAGUAGACGUUAAAAAACUCAGAGUAUUCUAUCAAGAGGGCUCUGGGGACCUGCGAGCGAGCAAAAUAAAUCCGGAGAUGCGAGCUGCACUCACCAAAGUUGUUCAACACUUCGAAGAUGUUGCAGAGUCUGUACAGAAGAUCAAACUACCAGGGUCUGAAUACAGUUACAGACUCUGGAGAUACUGGAUGACGCAGGAGGGGGCUGAUUUCAAGUCUGAUAUCAUGAAUCGACAGUCGAGAACUAGUGCGUCUGCGGAAUUGGUCAAAUUGUUGACGAAUAAAUCGGAGAUUACGUUUGCGGCAGUACUUAAACUCAUCGAUGAGGACUUUUUCCCGAAGGAGAAUAGUGAAUGGGCUGAGGGUGUCACGGCUGAGAUGAAGGAGUAUCUAGUGAAAAAACUGGGUGACAAUGGAGUUCUCGUCUACCCAUCGUCACCGUUCCCAGCUAGCUACCACUACUCAUACUUCUUCAGGCCAUACAACUUUGGCUACUGGUGCCUCUUCAAUGUUCUGCGAUUACCAACGUGCCAAGUACCUCUGGGUCUCGAUAGUGAAGGCCUGCCCAUCGGUGUACAGAUCGUAGCAGCGCCACAUCAGGAUCACCUUUGCAUCGCCGUAGCAAAAGAACUCGAGAAGACAUUUGGUGGAUGGGUGCCCCCCUCUUAAACCCAUCAAAAAUCAAAACAAUAAUGACACAAUCUCCGCACUUCUUACCACAAAGUACUUGUGAUUAACAGAAAAAAGAAUUUUUUAGAUAUUUUUUGGGCUCAAAAUCGAUCACCCUAAUGUACCAAAAUCAUUUCCCCCUGAAUUAAAUAGUCCCAUAUAGAUGUGUGUAUUUUUUAAUAUCUCAUUAUAUCUGUAUAUUCAUAUUUUAUUUCUCAUGGUCAUAGAGGCGCAAUCUCCCUUGAAUUCAAUAACUUAAUUAAUGGUACGAUAUUAAUUCUGAUUACGAAUCUUUUAUCCAUAAAUAGUGUUAUUUAUUAUCGAUUGGUGUCAAAUAUGGUGGCUCUGGUGCAAGUGAAUUCUCUAAUUGGAAAUAAACAUUGUAUUAAAAAGAGAAA